CACCUGUGAUCGCCAUCCCAGUUCAGCCUUAGUGUUCUCUCAUUGGAUUAAUUUGAGCCACAAUGAAGUCUCUGGUGUGUCUCGUUGUGGUGGCCCUGAUUGUGGGCGCUCAGGCUGGAGAUGAGAAGAAGCAGGAGAAGCGUGGCAUCUUCCACGACUUCGGCGGUCAUGAUUUUGGCGGGCAUGACUUUGGUCUGUCCAGCGGAGGCUACGGUGGACACGAUUUCAGCAGCAGCGGCGCCUAUCACGAUGAUCAUCACCAUCACGUGAAAACCGUGACUGUUGUGAAGAACGUCCCUGUGCCCUAUCCAGUUGAGAAGCACAUCCACGUUCCCGUAGAGAAGCACGUUCCUGUGCCAGUCAAGGUUCCAGUGCCACAGCCUUACCCAGUCGAGAAGGUGGUCCACUAUCCCGUGAAGGAGAUCGUCAAGGUGCCCGUGCAUGUGCCCCAGCCCUACCCAGUGGAGAAGAGGAUUCCAGUUCCCGUUCAUGUACCCGUUGAGCGUCCAGUGCCCGUGAAAGUGUAUGUCCCACAGCCUUAUCCCGUGGAGAAGCACAUUCAUGUGCCAGUGAAAGUGCCAGUGCCAGCCCCAUAUCCCGUUGAGAAGCGCGUUCCUGUGCCCGUGAAGGUUCCCGUUCACGUGCCCCAGCCCUACCCAGUGGAGAAGAUCAUCCAUGUGCCCGUUCAGGUGCCAGUGGAUCGUCCAGUGCCAGUGCAUGUGCCAAAACCUGUGCCCGUUCCAGUUGAGAAGCCUGUGCCCUACCCAGUCUACAAGAAGGUCCCAGUUCCCGUGCACGUGCACGUUGACCGACCAGUUCCAGUUCACGUUGAGAAGCACAUUCCCGUGCCUGUGAAAGUGCCCGUGCCCCAGCCCUACCCAGUGGAGAAGCACAUCCCUGUGCCAGUGGAGAAGCACAUUCCCUACCCAGUUAAGGUGCCCGUCGAUCGCCCUGUGCCUGUUCACAUUGAGAAGCACGUCCCCUACGCCGUUGAGAAGCAUGUCCCAUAUCCAGUCAAGGUCCCCGUUGUCGUUCACGAUGAACACCACCAUCACGACCAUCACGAUUUCAGCAGCUCAGGACAUGGCUUCAGCAGCUACGGCCACGAUUUCGGUCAUCACGGAUAUUAGGACGUACGAGCGGCCAAAAGAGUGAAAAUAAUUUAGUAAAAUUGUUGUGAUAAUGCCCUAACUACAAUUCUUUUCACUCAGACACAAAGUAUUUCUUCUUUAACUCUCACUCUCUAUGACUGAAACUCCUUCACACUUUCGCUUUCCUUCCUACUCUGGCGUAUAUGGCUUUGAACUCAGUGCCAGAUGUGCAUAAAAAAGUCACAGCAAAGAUGGCCGACAAACGGCGAACCAGGAAAAGAGCAAAUACAAAUCUCAAUGUGCCUUGAAGGUAGCCCCGAUUUUUACGCAAUUCUCCAUAUGUGACCCACAAACGAAACUGUUUUGUUUUUGUUUUUUUCGCGUCUCUCAACAAAAACGAAGAAAAAACUGCGACACCUUGAUAAUGCCUCAAGAUUAUGUACCUUAAUUAGCUGCUGAGAGCGAUUGGCACCAGCAACAGACAAUUUUUUUUUUGUAUAAA